AUGAAGUUCAACAUGAAGAAGACAGGAAUCAGGAAGACCUCACAGAGUAUCAACUUACAAGAGAUAGAGCCAGAAGAGUUGCUAAACCUAACCAGAACUGAGAUCUAUGAGCCUCAAUCAUAUGAAGAAGCUCUUAAAGACAGAAAUUACAAGGCCUGGUUGAAAGCAAUGAAGGAAGAAAUGUACUCUCUCAUAAAGAAUAAGACUUGGAGAGUUGUACUUAGACCCGAUGGCAAGAGUGUGGUAUCUUGCAAAUGGCUUUUCAAUGUCAAGGAAGGGAGGACUAAGGAUGAACCUAUAAGGUUCAAGCCUAGAUUAGUGGCAAAAGGGGUUUACACAGAAAGAAGGGGUAGACUUCACAGAAAUAUUCUCACCAGUGAUGAAAUAUAA